AUGAAGAAUGAGAAGAAGGAGUACGUGGAAAGAACUCGAUUUGGAAUAAUAUCCAUCGGUGCACGGUUCGCUGUGAUUGACUUCAGAAAACGAAAGAAUAAAGCGAAUGUGUUAAACCAAAAACUAAUGGAGUUUCUUCACGAUGUUUUGGAUGGACAAGUACAACCAAUUAGCUCUACUUCGAAUUCGGAAAUAAGCAGUUUGGAAAAUGGCCGACCCUCAAUACUCGCACCGUCUUUCACAACUUCUGGAAUACAAUUGUUAACAAAACCCGACAUUACAAAUCGAAGUAGACGACAGAAAGCAGUUAAUUCCAAUAUUAGAAAUCGUGUAACCAGAACAGAUCCACUAAUCAUGUCACACUUCUAUAGUUCCCCUAUUGAAAUUCAACCAGUACCAUUGACAACACCGGAAGCUGUCGAUUUCUCACCUUCUUAUUCGUUGGUUAAUGACGUAAUCCAAGUGAAUGGGUCAUCUCCAAAGACACCGCCAAGUUACCACCAUAACUAUGAGUCAUCCCUGGAGACAAGGAGUACGACGUCUACUGUUUCCAGAUCGAGUCCAGCACCCCGAGCAGUAUCCGCUGAUGUCUCCCGUCGUUCCCGUACCUCGUGUGUCUCUCUGUCGACUGACUCCAUAAAUCGCCUGCAUCGAACAUCAAAUCUAUUCCAACUUCAUCCAGAAACUGCAAUGACAGCUGAACAAAAACAAAAAUCCCUCUCGAUUGAAUCUCUAACAAAAGUUCCAGAAAAAGAGAAAGAAAAUCGUUUUGUUCGUAAAGUUGCCACGUCAUUCCGGCUGAGAAAAAACCUGUUGGAAACGGAUGGAGAGGAGAAAAAGAGUAAAGAGGAGAAUAAGAAGAAGAGCUCAGUGACAACGUCUCCUGAACAAAUCUCUUCGUUUCUGGAGAAAAUGGCAACGAGAUCUCUGCCACAGUCACCGAGAACUGAUAGGAAAGCAAAGUUGUAUUCGUCUUUGAACAGUACGACUGAAAAAGUGUCGAAUCUAAGCACCUCUCUAAUUAGCUACACACAAGCCAGUACCAGUACUCAAGGAGUGAUUGCAUCGAAUGUGAAUCUGGAAUUGUUAUGCUCAACUUCCACUUCUGGAAUUCCGAUUUACUUGGAGAAGUGCAUUGAGUUCAUUGAGAAUAACGGAGGAUUCGAACAAGAAGGAUUAUAUUGA